AUGGCAUUCAGCUUUGGAUUCUCGGGGGAUGAUAUUGACAUUGAUGAUGCGGAGAUCAAUACUGAUUCCUCCGAUGCCCUCUCCCAGCAAGCUGUGGGCAAUUCUCUCCCAGAGCUCAUGAAAGCGGCUAAACAUGAUGUGAAUGAAUGGCUUUCAAUUCUUCCCUCCCAAAUCUUCUACAAUAAGCUCACAAUUAGCGAUACGCCUCUUGCCGUCGCUCGUCGAGAGAUCUUUGAUAUUCGCACCCAGCUCAUGGCCGAAGACAGCGCAGGCCAUGAUAAUGAAGAGCUAAUUGCUGGUAUUGAAAAAGGAGACAUCACGCCCAAUUUCUAUGAAGGCGGUUUCAAAACCUGGGAGUGUGCCUUGGAUCUAGCCAAGCUCUCUGUCAAUGAGGACAUUCUGAAUGAAUCCUCCGAAAACCCAACAGACCUCCACAUAAUUGAGCUUGGCGCAGGCACAGCAGUCCCAUCAUUGUCACUAUUCGCCCGCCUUCUUAACGAAGCUGAGCCUGGCCAGAGCAAAAGAAAGACUCUCUUCACCUUUGCAGACUACAACUCGGACGUGCUCCGUCUCGUCACGCUCCCGAAUCUCCUUCUAACAUGGCACAAUAGCCGCUCCCAAACAGCGGCUUCAACCGCGUCAACUGCACCAGACCAGGACGAAGAGCUAGAUAUCACCCCUGAGCUGGUUCAAGAAUUCAAAAAUGAUCUGGCUCAGCGUGGGAUCUCGGUCGAAUUCGUUUCGGGCGCUUGGUCGUCCGAGUUUGUGGAUCUGGUCUUCUCGUCCGGUGAUGGCGCUCGCAAGACUCUGGUUCUUGCUAGUGAGACGAUUUACUCGCCCGCAUCGCUGGCUGCGUUUUCAGAGACGCUUUUCGCGCUGCUGCGCCGCUCGAACACUGCAUCGGCAAGAAGUCGGGCUCUCGUCGCGGCGAAGAAGGUUUAUUUCGGAGUUGGUGGCGGCAUUGAUGAGUUCCUUGCUGUGCUGCACAAUGUCUGUGCUAGCGAGCUGGAUGUACAGCAGAAAUUGAACAUUCAGUCAGAGGGUGUGGGCAGAGUUGUUCUGGAGGUUGUGCCGUCAAACCGGCCCUAG